GCCUACCGAGUCUGCGGCGCACUUAUCGACAAGACAGCAUUGAAACAGUAUAUAUUUAGCAAAGAAAUACCUUUCUACGAACUCACAAUGUACGUUGCAGUACCCCCCGCGAAUCACCUAUAUAUACUAAACUCUGUUCGACAGCCUUCUACUCACAUCAUGAUUCUUCCACUCCUUGCCCUCAUUGGACUCACAAACGCUGCAGUCAUUCAGCGAGACUCUUCCCUGCCCAACAUCGUCAUCGGUAAUGACGACGGGUGGGCCACUGCCAACAUUAGAUCCUUUUACGAUGAACUAAAGGCUGCCGGAUUCAAAGCCAUCAUUUCUGCCCCAGCCGAUAACAAGUCAGGCACCAGCGGCUUGGAUCUUCCUCCCAUCCCUCUCAUCACCGCUGGUGAAUUUAAUACUAUUCCAGCGUUGUCACCAGCAACUGGUUCCGACUCCAACGACCCAAACAUCCAUUACGUUAACUCGUUCCCCGCUACCGCCGUCCGAUACGGUAUCGAUGAGUUUGCUCCAAAAGUAUUUGGAGCAAAACCUCAACUCGUCGUCACCGGUGUGAACGUAGGAGGUGGUUUGAAUAGUGGAGCUGCCACGCUAGCCGUAGACAGGGGAAUUCCCGCCAUUGCUUUCAGCGGCAAAGGAGGUUCCCAGCACAUCUACUCAGAACCCGACUCAGUGGCCGAUGUCUAUGCCAAGGUGGCCACCAAGGUUGUCCAAACCGUUGUCGCCGCUGGCGCACCCUACCUUCCCGCCAAAGUUGGACUGAACGUCAACAUUGGAAUGGCGACCGAGAGCCUCUGCCAAAACCCCAGCGACUUUAAAUUCGUACUCUCGCGACUCAACCCAGACAUCAACCCGCUCACCGACGACGUUGACCAGUGCGGUACCAACCACUUGCCCACCGAAUCAUCCGUCUUGGGCCGGGGAAACUGCUACGUCUCCAUCUCGGCCUUUUCGAGCAAGACAAAGUUGGAUGUGAGCAAGGAUGUCCAAAAGGUCGUACGCGACAAGCUCGCCAGUAUCUUGACCUGCAACUAG